AUGGACGACGAGGCCAAUGCCUCAACCCCACCAACAACUCUGCCCUUCCCACCGAUCACACGAUCACAUAUCAUGAAUUGUUCCUACCACAGUUGGUGGCCGAAGUACAAAGCAAUAACACCCAAAUCCCGCCUCAUACCCCUCAACAAAUCAUUCCUCGACUAUCUCCGUGCCGAUGGCAUAAUCCUGCCCGACGAUGAGAACGAUAACCAACAAGUAGAAUGGGACAGCGACAGCGGCGUCUUCUCUUCCUCUGACGCACCUGAGGAUGAUGACGAAGAUGAGGAUGAAGACAUAGAUAUCCUAGAAGGCUGGCACGACAUCCACAGUACCAUCAGACGAACAAUCGCAGAAUUAGGGGGCAAAGUGGUACCCAAGCUGAACUGGUCCGCUCCUAGAGAUGCGACCUGGAUGAACGCGAACACCAUGGAAUGUCGCACGCCGAACGAUAUCUACCUCCUCCUUAAAUCCUCCGACUUCAUCACCCAUGACCUCGAACACGCUUUCGACGACACUGCGCCUGCUCGAGACCACGAGAUGAGGCAGGAAACAAUCCCCUUCCACCUCGUCCUCCGCAAAUCCUUCCAGAUGAACCCCUCGGUUGAGUUCCGCUGUUUUGUGCGAGCGAGACGCCUCCUCUGUAUCUGCCAACGAGACCUCAAUCAUUUCGAGUUUCUGGAGAAGAUGGAAGGGAAACUCAGAAGCGAAAUCCAGUCAUUCUUCGACCUACGACUGCGUGACUCGUUUCCCGAUGAGAACUUCGUCUUUGAUUGUUACGUCCCGGAUCCGUAUACCAGGGUUUGGCUGGUGGAUGUGAAUCCUUGGGCCCCGAGGACGGACCCAUUACUCUUUUCUUGGAUGGAGAUUUUGGGCAUGCCAGAGCCGCCUGUCGAGGAGAACGACGGUAUUCCUGAAGGUGGGUUCGUGAGGCUAGCGCUCGCCGACCCAAAUAAUCCUGCUGUCGCGGAAGCACUUCGUAAGGCGCGAGAGGAGGCUGCUAAGGAGGAUCUAUCGUCCGAUAGCGAGGGGAGUGCUAGCGAUAGUGAUGUGGAUGAGGAGAUUUGGCUUCCGGAGCUCAGACUUGUCAGGAGGAAUGAUCCAGAGGCUUUCCAAUUCAAUACGCCUAAGUAUUCGGCGCAUAAGUUGCCCAGGGAUGUGGUGGAGGCUAGUCAAAGUGGGGAGGGGUUGAGGGAGUUUGCGAGGGAGUGGGAGGGGGUGCUUGAGAGGAGGCGGAAGGAGGAAGAGGAGGAGGAGAGCAGUGGUGGUGAGUGA